AUGUAUCAGUCAAUGCAGCAGGCCCGGCGGCUGCCUGUCGUACGUCCUUGUCGGCUUAUUGCUCGUCGCCGCUUUCCCGCGCCUGUGUCUGCACGACGGUUCCACCUGUCACGGCAAUGGCUGUCCUCGCCAUCUUCCGAUGGACCAACACCAACCCCGAGUGAUAUAGUGGACGGUCGCGAUUCUUCUUACCUUGAAAAUGCCACGAAUCAUGGCUCGUCGCCAAUUGCUAAAUCCGAGAAGACAACCGGCCGGCCUGUACCCAGGCCGUACGGAUCUGCUGUUCGCAGAGCUAUGAGGAACAGGCAAUCAGAGCAGCAGCAGCACGAGUCUUCCCAAACUGCAAGCAUUCCUGCAUGGUUCCAGGGAAAUGUGACGACCUACGGUCCCCAACCCGACGUCCUCGUACAAUCGCAAUGCCAAGUCGAGAUCACAAAGUCGGGAGCAAGCCCCGACAGUGAAAAAAGUGUGGUGGAUGAUCAGACUUUUGGUGGUGGUGGGGGAGGAGAGGAUCCUUCGGCCCCAGCCACGCCCUCGAAACCAGAGAAUCGCUAUAUUGUUGCAGAGGCUUUGUGGGAGGAACUGCGCGCUUCGGCCAAAGCAGGCUUGCAAUUGCCACCACCGCAAUAUGCCAAAGAACCGCCGGCAAAAAAGUCGCACCUCGUUCUACAGUAUCCAGGCCAUGAUGGCAUUCUCUUCUUGGAUGCCAUUGUGAAGCGAUUGGCUCAUGAUAUUCAUGCGGAUUUGAUCACGCUCAACGCGCAAGAUAUCGCUCAGCUGUUCAGUGAGAACGACCUUGCUGAAUCAGGCGCCACGUCAGCCAUCCGCUCGCUAGGCUACGAAGUCCACCGCCCUGCAGUCAUGGCUGCUUUUGCAGAAUCUGGUGAGGGCGAGGGAGAUGCUGAUGAAGAUAUUCCUGAGAUAGCCGGUACGCAUCCUGGAGCCCGCGCCGAGAUCAGCACUCCUCGCUUCAUCACCAUCGAGGCUAGUAGAGAGCCAGGAGAUGUGCCUAUUCCGAAUUGGCUUGGCUUGAAGUCGUUGGUGGCUUCGAUCAAUGGUCAGCCAGAUAACGAGCCCGGUACCUCGCGAGGGGCAGGACAGCGCAUGGAACAGCGCUGGACUGGUCUUUUGAACGAAAUUCUCCAUUCCGCUAGCGGGACUGGUCAUCCUGGCCCUAGGAAGGUCGACCCGGAGAACGAAUCACCAAAGGUGCCUGAGUCUGUUAUCGAGAAGCCUCUCUUGCGUGACACCAUAAUUCAUAUCCAGGAUUAUCGUGAAAUCCAAAGCUCCAGGGAGGGCUCUAGGGUCAUUCACCUGCUGCAGAAAGUCAUUCAAGAGCGCAGACGAGCCGGUUCAAAGAUUCUGCUCAUCGGAAGUACAUCCCAAGAGCUUCAGCAUACCAACUCACGGGAUGGCCCCAAGAUUUUACAAAAUGUCUUUGACGAUCAAUUUUCCAAAACCUUGGUCAUUACACCCUCUAUGGAUGUCAAGGCCGUGGACAAAAUCUUUGCUGAAGAUCAUCAAAAGCGGACGAUGGAUAUCAAUAUCCGUCAUCUUCAAACUAUGCUGCGGUAUCGAUUGAAUGACUCUUCCUCGAUUGUCAACGACGACAUCUUUGGAAGCCGUGAUUGGCCGCUCGACCCAUCGACAAUCAAGAAAUCUGGCUUUCGAGAACGAUUUUGGUCCUACAACCAAGUCCACUGGGUUUCGACUCUCGCCCUUGGGAGCGCAGAGCCAGAUGAGCCGUUCAGCUUCGAACACAUCAGACGUGGCAUUGAGCUCAUGGAUGGUGGCGACCGAGUUACCAGUGAUUGGUUGCAAGAAAAGGCGCCCAAAUCUUCGGAGUCUAGCGGUGGCCAGAGCAGAGAGCAACUUCUCAAGUCCUUGCGCCAGACAUGUACAGCCCACGAGAAAAAGCUCCUGAACGGAGUCGUUGAUGCCCAGAGCAUUCGAACAACUUUUGCCGACGUACAUGUCAUGCCCGAGACUGUGGAUGCUCUCAAGACCUUGACUUCACUGUCACUUAUUCGUCCAGAGGCCUUCACUUACGGUGUGCUAGCGACAGACAAGAUCCCAGGCCUCUUGCUCUACGGACCACCGGGUACUGGAAAGACUCUGCUUGCCAAAGCUGUUGCACGCGAAAGCGGAGCGACAGUGCUUGAAGUGAGUGGAUCGGAAGUCUACGACAUGUAUGUUGGCGAGGGUGAAAAGAACGUCAAGGCAAUUUUCACUUUGGCAAAGAAAUUAAGCCCGUGUGUGGUGUUCAUUGACGAAGCGGAUGCCAUUUUCUGCUCGCGCACUGGAGCCAGCAGUCGCACGUCGCACCGCGAACUCAUCAACCAAUUCUUGCGUGAGUGGGAUGGUAUGAAUGACAUGUCGGCCUUCAUCAUGGUUGCCACCAACCGGCCCUUCGAUCUGGACGAUGCGGUUCUGCGCCGUCUCCCCCGCAGGUUGCUUGUGGAUCUUCCAACUGAGCAAGAUCGCCAUGCCAUCCUGAAGAUCCACCUCAAGGAUGAACAACUUGACUCCUCUGUCGACUUGGCUGACUUGGCUCAUCGCACGCCUCUCUACUCCGGCUCAGAUUUGAAGAACCUUUCUGUCGCCGCUGCAUUGGCUUGCGUGCGUGAAGAGAACAGGACGGCGGCGGAACAUAACAACGUGAACGGCAACGAACCCUAUCAAUACCCCGAACGUCGAACACUCACCCGUGCCCAUUUCGAGCUUGGGAUGGAGGAGAUCAGUGCUUCAAUCAACGAAGAUAUGUCCUCGCUAUCGGCCAUUCGCAAGUUUGACGAGCAGUAUGGAGAUCGGAAAGCCCAACGAAAGAAGAGCAGCGGAUGGGGCUUUAUACCCGCAGGCAGUGAGGGGAGUCGGGAGGACGCGGCGCGUGUCCGUACAUGA